GUUGCUAUGGGAAAGCAGCCGCAGUUAGGAGAGCUCACGACUCCUUUUCAAACAUACAACCUGUCACAGUCGCUAGAUCUUCCAGUUGUCACGCUAUUCGUAUCGUCUCCAGAGCAAUCGUUGUAAGUGAUGCACUCCGCUGAAACCCUUGUUCCCUGCCCUCCGUGGCCGCAAUUGCGCACACACCACCAUCAUCUCACACGCCGUUUCGCCCACAUCAAGCUGCCACUCGUCCUCUCCACACAACGCACUCGCACCACGAAAGGCAUUGCUGACGACAGUCUGCUCCUAUCGCAGACAUGAGUUCCGGCGUGCGCAACCUCCGCGCCAUGUUCGAGCAGAACGCAGCUUCUUCUCCUGAACCCCGCGGCCGUUCCCCAGGAAGCUCUUCGGCGGCCGACGACACCAGUCGCCCAACCUCCAAAGUGCGCGCCUCGUUCGUUUCCGUCGAGCACCCAAUCCCCGUCGAGCACACGAUGCCCCAAGCCAGCGAUUUUGUGGGCGCCAACAAGGCAGCCCCGUCCAACAGCACAGCUGCGAAUCGCCGCGAAAGCUUCAGCGUGUCCCAGGACACUACUGGAGAGGUUGCAGAGCUCAGGCAAAGCAUUAGCGACGAGCGGGAGGAGCGCAGGAAGAGUGUUGCCAUCAUUGAGGCUGUUCCAGAGCAGGCCAUAGCCUCGCGGGAGUCUUCAGCUGGUCCACCACCCAUCAGGAACGAGCCCGAGGGUGACCUGGUGAAUUUGGGUCACAUCAUGAAGGGCUCUGUCUUUCCCGAGUCUUCAGCAGAUACAGACGCUGGUGCACCUCAGCCGGAGGAAGCGCCAGCCCCUGAGCUGCCUGCAGUCGUGGAGGAGUCUGCGAAGGAGGACGAGGCUGCUUUGGCGCCAGUUCGAGAGACACCUGUUGAGAACCUCAACCAGGCUACAACAGAAGCGGAAGAAGAGGUUUCUCUGAAGCCAGCGGAUGCGACCGAUGCUUCUACUGUCCCCAGUGACAAUACUCUUCCUUCGUCCGCUCAAGAGUCGAAGCCAGCGAGCAACGAGCCCGCCGUGGCCUCACUAGCUCCUCCAGCCGAGAUCACUGUUGCGACACCGAAGCCUGCUCCAGGUAGCGCCAAGACGAAUGGAACACCCGCGACCAAGGGCAAGCUCGAGCCUAAGAAGCCCGCAGCUAUCUCUACCUCCAAAGCUUCUGCGUCUAAGAGCACACCAGUCAAGAGCCCGCUGCCCAGGGCUGCACUGAAGACGCCGACUAACCUCAAGCCUUCAGCAGCUGUGCCUAAGGCUGUCACACUUGUCUCGAAGCCCGCUGCGGCUGCUAAGCCUGCAGUGAAGCCAGUUUCGAAGGAGCCUGCUAAGGUACCUGCGCCAAAGCCGAAGACCAGCCAUACAUCGCUGCGACAAUCGACGGCCCCGGCAUCCACCGUCGCUGCAAAAGCAAAGACGGUCGCUGCUGAGAGCAAGAAGCCUGCAGCUACCAAGCCAAAGUACGUAUUGUGUGGCUCCGAGAUGUCGCGGGUCUAACCCAACUGUAAUAGGGAAAUUACCGCCACCUCCCCUCCGUCUAUCAAGAAGCCGAAGGCUAGGUCACCCACUCGUCCUGUUGCGCUUAACUCGCGCCUCACUGCUCCCACUGCGGCCUCCGCCGCGAAGCUGCAAGGAGAAGAAGCAAAGGU